CGUGUGCGUGAUUAUUUUUAAUAUUUGAACAUGAUUAGUUAACUACGAUGUAUAUUAUUUUGAAAAUCUAUCUCCCUGCCGGAAGUGCACUAAUGCUGGCCUCGCUGCGGCUCAAUUCGCCAUCUUGAAAUUGUCCCGAGCAGAAGCGGCGAGGGCGACGGAGCAGGGAGAAGCAGCGCCUUCUAAACUCAGAAGAGCCACAUUAAUCACCAGGAUUAGCGGAGGUCUCAGUGGUCGCGCCCGUCAAACAAUAGCGCGUUUCCGUCGAUGUCUCUCGAAGAGCGGGAGAGGUUUGCCUGAGCCGUGUUCGCCUUCUGGAGCGGACCGAUCCUCGACUGUGGCCUGGCGGCUCCGUCGGACUGCCGGGACGGAAUUGAGCGUCCCCUGCACAGUUUUAUCACCGACUGACGCUGUCAAGCACUCUUUCCUGUGCGCCUUGCUGGGAAUAAUCGCCAGUUCGCACGUUUUUAAUGCAAGACUACGGAGCUCACAGAGGACAAGUUUGACCCAGAGUGCGCUCGUUUCGCAGUCCGAUGGCUGUUGCCUCCGCCCGGCUGUGGCGGUGUUCUGAUAACAAAAAAAAAGAGUCAUUCCAGCAAAGUGUUCGUAACGAUGCUGCAACAUAUUCUAUGUUUGCUAAAGCUGGCGUGAGUGCGGAGUAGUCGCCCUCCAUUGCUGUGCUGUAAACGUGGGAAUAGCCAAUCAAUCAAAGUGUAUUUAUAUAGCCCGAAAUCACAAAUGUCUCAAAGGGCUGCACAAGCCACAAAGCCAUAACAACAACCCCCCUCCUCUAGCAUGACCCUGGAUACACUGGAUUUAUCCUCAUGUUGAAAACAUGCCCUUUUUGCACAGACAGUCCUUGCUGCAGUAAUCUGACUCUGCCGCUUUGAGGAUUUUGGGGCACUUUUAAAUUUUUUUUUUUAUAUAUACAUUUAUUUUAUCCGAGGAUCACAUUCGAAUGGAAAAUGGGAGACGCCACCAAACUGGCCCUUGCCGUUUUCCUCAUCUCCUGUUCUUCAGGUGCAAUCCUGGGCCGCUCGGAUACACAGAAGUGCAGCUACUACAACUCCAGCUGGGAGAAGGAGCGCACUAAUCGCAGUGGUAUUGAGCCAUGUUAUGGCGAUAAGGACAAGAGGCGGCACUGCUUCGCCACAUGGAAGAAUUCUUCUGGCACUGUGGAGGUAGUCAAGCAAGGUUGUUGGUUGGACGACAUCAACUGCUAUGACAGCAACGAGUGCGUGGAAAAGAAGGAGAAUCCUGAUGUAUUCUUCUGCUGCUGUGAAGGCAACAUGUGCAACGAGCGGUUCCUGUAUGCACCUGAUACGCCCCCACAGAGUGACACACACCAGUCAACCGCCUACACUACAUCCAACCCAUUUCCCCAGAAGCCUCAGCUCUUCAGCACGCUGCUUUACUCCCUGGUUCCUGUCAUCGGGCUGGCUGCUGUCGUCCUUUUCUCCUUCUGGAUGUGGAGGCACCACAAGUUGGCCUAUCCGGCAGCCCUUGUUCCUACACAUCACCCCUUUCACAUUAUGGUGGAGGAUCCCGGCCCUUUGCCCCCGUCUCCUAUCCUGGGACAAAAGCCUCUGCAGCUGAUCGAGAUGAAGGCUCGGGGUCGCUUCGGCUGCGUGUGGAAGGCCCAGCUGCUGAGCGAAUACGUGGCUGUGAAGAUCUUCCCAAUCCAGGACAAGCUGUCUUGGCAGAAUGAGUACGAGAUUUACAGCGUGAGUGGCAUGAAGCACGAAAACAUCCUCCACUUUAUCGGCGUGGAGAAGAGGAACAACAACCUCGACAUGGAGCUGUGGCUCAUCACCACCUACCAUGACAAGGGCUCGCUGACAGACUAUCUGAAGGCCAACGUGGUGUCCUGGAACGAGCUUUGCCACAUCGCGCAGUCGGCGGCCCGCGGCCUGUCCCACCUGCACGAAGACAUACCAGGACACAAAGACGGACACAAGCCCUCCAUCGCUCACAGGGACAUCAAGAGCAAAAACGUGCUCCUGAAGAACAACCUGACGGCUUGCAUCGCUGACUUUGGCCUUGCGCUUAAGUUUGAGGCUGGAAAAUCAGCCGGGGACACGCAUGGACAAGUGGGAACGCGACGUUACAUGGCUCCUGAGGUCCUCGAAGGCGCCAUCAACUUUCAGCGCGACUCCUUCCUGCGCAUCGACAUGUACGCCUUCGGCCUCGUCCUGUGGGAGCUGGCGGCGCGGUGCACCGCCGCAGAUGGCCCAGUGGACGAGUACAUGCUGCCCUUCGAGGAGGAGGUGGGUCAGCAUCCGUCUCUGGAGGACAUGCAGGAAGUGGUUGUGCACAAGAAGCUGCGACCCUGCCUUCGAGACUGUUGGCAGAAACACACGGGUCUGACCGUGCUCUGUGAAACCAUCGAGGACUGCUGGGACCACGAGGCCGAGGCACGACUCUCUGCCGGCUGCGUCGAGGAGCGCAUCGGCCAAAUGCAGCGGCAGGCUCCCAUCACCGGGCCAGAGGAGAUAGUCACCGUCGUCACCAUGGUGACCAACGUGGACCUGCCGCCCAAGGAGUCCAGCUUAUGAUCCGCCAACAGAGCGCAUCCAGAUGAGCAUCCAACGGGCCGGUUGGCACGUUGAGUUGUUUUCAUUCGGGUUUGGUUGUUGUUUUAUUAGUUGUUGUUUUUUUUUACUACUGGCAGCCACUCGCGCUCAGGACAUACCAUGUGACCACCUCACCGCAUCACUGGAUCUCCACCUCAUGUCAACAUGUGUGCCUGAGGACGGGAACAGGUGACAGCGUUCAGGGUGUUGACACUCAAACAGUCGGAUCACCUUUUUUCUACACGUCAGAAGGCAAGCUGCUCAACGCGUUCCUCCACAGUCCGAGAAGAUGGAUAUCCUCAACUCUGUGCGUGAAUAAAUAUAUAAUAUAGACAUAUAUAUUAUAUAUUUACGAGCACAUGGCUCUUGAUACCGUUGCUGUUUUCUCGUGUGCGUGUUUUUUGUUUCUUUUGAAGAAGAAUCGACUAACAUUCUGCCAAUAAGCAACGGCUUUUGAAUGUUUCUAGUGUAAUGCUGCUGUAAAUAGUGUAUUAUGGACCCACACCACUUGUUAAUCCAUCUUAU